AUUUAUUCAGUUGAUGACGAUGAGAAAACUCUGUCCAGUCUGGAGAUUAUCGUGCCACGUGAUUUAGCAGAUGGAUUCAUCAAUAAUAAACGAGAGAGCUACAAGUUCAAAUUUCAGAAAAUUUUUGAUCAAGAGGCAAAACAAGAUGUGGUUUUUGACAGCGUUGCCAAACCAGUAGCAGAAUGUGUUUUGGCAGGAUAUAAUGGUACUAUCUUUGCAUAUGGUCAGACAGGCAGUGGUAAAACUUUCACCAUCACAGGAGGAGCAGAACGUUACAGUGAUCGAGGCAUCAUUCCCAGGACUCUGUCUUAUAUUUUUGAUCAAUUGCAGAAGGAUAGCAGUAAAGUGUAUACAACUCAUGUUUCCUACUUAGAAAUCUACAACGAAUGUGGUUAUGAUCUGCUAGACCCAAGACACGAGGCCUCCAGAUUGGAAGAUUUGCCAAAAGUGACAAUAAUGGAAGACCCUGAUCAGAACAUUCAUCUGAAAAACUUGUCUCUUCAGCAAGCAACAAAUGAAGAGGAAGCCUUAAACCUACUCUUCUUAGGAGACACCAACAGAGUGAUUGCUGAGACACCAAUGAAUCAAGCCUCAACCCGAUCUCACUGCAUUUUCACUAUUCACAUCUCCAGCAAGGAACCUGGAUCUGCAACUAUCCGACGCUCCAAGUUACACUUAGUAGACCUUGCUGGAUCAGAGCGUGUUGCAAAAACUGGAGUUGGAGGUCACUUAUUGACAGAAGCCAAAUAUAUCAACCUCUCGUUACAUUAUUUGGAACAGGUAAUAAUUGCUCUUGCAGAGAAAAACCGGUCUCACAUUCCUUACCGAAACUCUAUGAUGACCUCAGUGCUAAGAGACAGCCUGGGAGGAAACUGCAUGACUACCAUGAUAGCCACGCUUUCUAUAGACAAAAGAAGCAUAGACGAAUCUAUAUCAACCUGCAGAUUUGCACAGCGAGUGGCUCUUAUUAAGAAUGAAGCAGUUCUUAAUGAAGAAAUUGACCCCAGAUUGGUGAUUGUCCAACUGAAAAAGGAGAUCCAGGAGUUGAAGGAUGAACUGGCACUGGUGACUUGCAAGCAAAGAACAUCAGAGCUUUCACAAGAAGAGCUACUUCAGUUGGAUGAAUUAAUUGAAACAUUUCUCGAAGAUAAUGAUCCUGAUAGCACUCUGGAUGUUGGUGCUGACAUGCGCAAGAUCAAGUAUUGCUUCAUUCAUGUGAAGCAACUAAUGAAUCAUUCAAAGAUUUCUGAUACAAAACUGCUCUCACAACGCACCUCUGAAGAAAAAGGCACUAACAAAGAAGCAGGAGAAGAAGAAUUGAAAAAACUGAAAGAACUUCUGCAGCAAAGAGACAAUGAAAUCAAUAUUCUGGUAAAUAUGCUAAAAAAAGAAAAAAAGAAAGCACAAGAUGCUCUUUUCCAGCUUAAUGCUGCCUCUGCUGGUCCUACAGUCUUGGAGAAGUCUCUUUCUAUAAACUUGGAAGAAAGUCAGAGCCCAUCUAGCUGCUUUAGUCUGAAAGAGGCAAAAGAUUUCAGCUCCUCAGUUCACAGACUACCUUUACUUUCCAGACAAACAGGAGGAAAGAUGUCACUUGGAUGUCAGGAAGCUUUUGAAGUUUUCAAGCGGGACCAUGGUGACAAUAUAACCAUUGAGAACAAUAAAGAGCUGCUAAAACAGAG